GGUCUUGAUCCUCUGGCUGUAUCAGCUGCUUUUUCCUUAGCUCAGUACAUGGGAGAAAAACGAAUCACAGACGUCGAUUGCUUCGUGUUAAAAUUGUCUGCUGAUCAAACGGACCUGGCUGAAAGGAGUGACAACACUGCAGAGAUGAUCAAACAUGUUAUGUUUGGCUACUUUAGCCAAAGAAGUGGAUUGUUGGUGUAUUUGGAGGACUCUUACUUAACCAGAAUUCAAUCACCUGGUUCCCACCCUACAUACUGGGAAACCACAAUGGGGACCAAAAUCGAGGACUAUCGGACGGUGGAUGGCGUGAUGAUUGCACACUCGGGACAAUCGAGCGCGAUCAUCACACAGUUUGGUGACAACUUGAGGGCAGGGCCUGUGAUCACGCGGUUGGAGGAGACGUGGAUGAUUGAUGAUCUAGCAUUGAAUGUAGCGGGUCUUUCAAUUGACUGCUUUAUACCACCUGGAGAAGUACAAAAAGAUUAUCCCGAAGAGAACCUUGACUGGCGAUCGCCAUUACAUCGAUGA